AGAUUCGUCUUGAAGAAGAACCAUCAUCAACCAACCACCAGCAUCAGCAUCGUUCAGAUCGACCAGUCAUCAUUGGAUUGCAUUUUGGUUGGUGGAAAACGCCGAAACAAGUGGGAAAAUUCUGAAUCCGUGUGUUCCGCGCAAGGGUUCCAAAAAGAAGAAAAACUGAAAACUACGGUGCGUCGUUUCUGUUUCUUUUUUUUUCUCGCUCGGAAAAGUCGUGCAGUUUUAUUUGGAGAAAAAUCGGAAAACGACAGUAUAAGCCAUCAUCAUCGUCGGCGCAACCAGAUCGUGAACCGCGCACCAGAAAAAUCAUUAUAGCGGUUAUACACAUUUCGAGCCAUUUGGACAAUUUGGCCAGACAGUUUGGUCUUUGGCCGUCAGUCGGAGAUUUUCGGUCAUCGGGUCGGGUACCAAGCGAAGGUUUCACAGCUCGCGGAAAAACCUCCCCCUUACUCUUAUAUACAGUUUCGGAUCAGCUUUUCCGGACUUUCGAACGGAGUUCACGCGAGUUCUUUCGAAGCAACCAGCAGUGCAUUUAACGGCUUUUUUCAAAACUGAAGUGAUCUUUCGGUUCCUAGUGUUUGUUCUUGUGAUUUUUAAUCAACUUUUAAGCUACUAAUUAGCCAUGGAUGAUCUUACUCCAGAGCAAAUCGCAAUCCUGCAGAAGGCCUUCAACAGCUUCGACCGCGAAAAGACUGGCAGCAUCUCGUCCGACAUGGUCGCCGAAAUCCUGCGGCUGAUGGGACAACCCUUCAACAGCAAAAUCCUCGAGGAGAUGAUCGAAGAGGUUGAUGAGGACAAAUCCGGUCAGAUUGAAUUUGCCGAAUUUGUUACCCUAGCUGCGAAGUUCAUCGUUGAGGAGGACGAAGAAGCGCUUCAAAAGGAACUUCGAGAGGCGUUCCGUCUGUACGACAAGGAGGGAAACGGCUUCAUCCCCACCACCUGCCUGCGGGAGAUCCUCCGGGAGCUGGACGACCAGCUGACCGACGACGAUCUGGACAUGAUGAUCGAGGAGAUCGACUCCGAUGGGUCCGGAACGGUUGACUUCGAUGAAUUCAUGGAGAUGAUGACUGGUUGAAUUAGGCGACCCCGAUUGCAAUCGAUUCACACAACUCUCAUCAUCGCACAGCCGCUCUUCAUCUUUUGUCAUCCUCGAGGAAGCAUCUUUUUUACUUAGUUCUGCUUUCAUAUCCGCUACAUCUUUCAACCAGGAGCAAUUUCAGAAACAUUAUUGAUCUAUGGAACCUUUUAGGAAAAAUAUCGUAUCUUCCCAACACGUGUUGAGAAUCUGUUAGCUUUACGAACAUAUUUGUUAUUUGUCAUCGGUUCCCUAUAGAAUCCAUCUAGCUUCUAAACAAAAUCAUGACUUUUCUAUCUACAGCGUGUGGUUCAGAAUAUUUCAACCUUUACUUUGCGCAAACUGUGUUUGUUCGAUUAUAGAAAUACCUAGUUCAAAGGUAGGAUUUUACCCUCGUUUCAAAAUCACAAAAACUAUCAAAAUUCGCCUGUAUUGUUUCCGAGCAACAGCCGGAUCAUUGGAGAUCAUCUCAUUAUUUUCUAAUGACUCAGUUUAUAGCAAUAAUUUUUUCUGCAUUAUUAAUGUUUAAUAAUAAAGAUAACAAAAUUUGAAAUAAACAAAACAAAAAAAAAACAAACAA